AUGUUGGUCCGACCACUCAUCACAGUCGCCUGUCAUGACUUGGUUCCCCCGUCACUGACCGCAGCCCGAUGGUAUUCUGCCCCCGCACUCCACCCCCGCCUGCGUCGCGCCCAUGGAACGAUACGCGGCUUCAGCUUCAGCUUUGGCCGAGAAGCUGGGGUUGCCGGCCGGCUGCGCGGGAGGGUGAGAAACAAUUGGCACGUUUCCGUCCUUGCCAGGGGCAAGAAGACCAAGUCGACAGUGAAGCUUGAUGAUCUACCUCAAGGGGCUCUGGCUUUGAAUCCCCAUCCCGCGCAAGAUGAGGGCCCGGCUUACCCAACAGUCGUGCUCCAGGCGCGCCGUAACAUGCGGAAGUUUGACAACUGCGUGCUUCUAACGCGCGUUGGUGGUUUCUACGAGCUGUAUUUUGAACACGCCGAGGAGUACGGCCCACUGCUAAACCUCAAGGUCGCCCAGAAAAAGACAAAUGCUGGCCUGGUUUCCAUGGCCGGUUUCCCUUUCUUCCAGCUGGAUCGAUUCCUCAAGAUCCUGGUCCAGGAUCUGAACCGCUAUGUCGCUGUUGCUGAGGAGUUUCCCAAUAAUGCGCCAGAUAAGGUCAAGUCUGGUGGGCUGAUGCACGACCGCAGAGUUGCUCGUAUCAUCACGCCAGGAACCCUAAUUGACGAGAACUUCAUGGAUCCCUAUGCCAACAACUAUGUCCUAGCAAUCCACGCGAUGGUAGCCCCAUCGGGGGGAGGGGCAGAUGGGUUGGUAGCAACAUCGGCGGCAGAAGGAGAAGGAGAAGGAGGGGCCCCAGACUCGUCGUCCCAUUCAACCACUGACCGGAACGUGACUUCGGCAACUGGUGACCCGGCCGCACCACCAAUGUCCCUGGGCCUUGCGUGGCUGGACUUGUCCACCGGUCAGUUCUACACGCAGGCUACCGAUCUCUCGGCGCUUUCGUCGAUCCUCUCAAGGAUAUGCCCCAAGGAAGUCGUGAUUGAUGGCGGGAUACAGGCCCAGACUGAUCAUGGCCUGUUCUCCAUCCUCGCCGAGGACCGCCAUCUGGUCACUUAUAGUUCCUUUGGCGAAAUCAGGUGUCUUUCUGAUUGGGCCCCCAUGCUCGAGAGCGAAAUCCCACCGGCGACGCGCGAUGCCUUCACUGAUGGUGAGGUGAUGGCCGGCAGCCUGCUGCUGCACUACGUCAAGGAGCAGCUGCUGGGCUUGAGCAUGAAGCUGCAGCCGCCGAUGCGACACGAGAACAUGCAGAUAAUGAGCAUAGACAAAAACAGCAUGCGCUCACUAGAGAUCAAGCAGACCAUCCGGGACGGGAACUUUAGGGGUAGUCUCUUGCAUGCGAUUAGACGGACGGUGACCAAAAGUGGCGCCAGGCUCCUCAACGAUUGGGUCAGCGCCCCAUCCACGUCUAUCGAUGUUAUCAAGCUCAGACAGGACCUCGUUGCCCGCUUCAUCGAGGAGCCUGACCUUCGCGAUGCCAUCGUCCUGCUACUUCGCCGCAGUCAUGACUCCCAACGGCUAGUUCAGAAGUUCGCCCUAGGAAGAGGAGAUCCAGACGACCUAGUGGCGCUGGCCAACACCAUCCAUUCCACCGACAGCAUCAGACAGCUGUUGACAGAGGCCACUGACGAGUCCAGCUGCCUCGCGCGCAUGACGGCACGGUUGGACCUCAAGGCCCCCCUGAGGCUCGCGCGCCGGAUCAAGGAAGCUAUCGACGAGGAGGGUAUCGUCCACCAGCAUGAGAUGGAAGAGAGCGAGGCAGGGCAGAUGAUGGCGCUCGCCCAGGAGAUUGUCAGCACCCAAGGCACGCGGGAAGACGCCGCUGUCCUCCCCAAGGGUACCGCGAAGAAGAAGCGCCCCACCUCGGUCCGAGAGGCGUACGCCGACGAUAACGAGACCUGGAUCAUGAAGCCCAAGGCCAGCCCGGUCCUCCGUCAACUCCACGCUGACCUUGCUGCCCUGCACGCCGAGAGGGAGACCCUCACGGAGGCCCUCCGCGAUGAGCAUGGCGCAACCUCUCUCACACUCCGCUGGAGCCCCGCCCUCGGCCACUUCUGCCACAUCAAGGGAAAAGACGUGCGCUCCAUAUCCUCCAGCAUCAGAGCCCUGAGCUCCAGCAAGUCAACAAGCUCCUUCCACGCUCCGGAGUGGACGCGCCUCGGCCAGCAGCUCGAGCACGCUCGGCACAGCAUCCGCACCGAGGAGCAGCGCGUCUUCCUCGCCCUUCGCGCCGCCGUCGUGCUGAACCUCGUCAAGCUGCGCCGCAACGCCGCCGUUCUCGACGAGCUCGACGUGGCCACCUCCUUUGCCAGGCUCGCCGUCGAGCAAGGGCUCACCAGGCCCCUCCUGAACAACUCGACGGCCCACACCAUCAUCGGCGGCCGGCACCCGACCGUCGAGGGCGGGCUUCACGAGCAAGGGCGUAGCUUCGUCCGCAACGACUGCCUCGUCGGCGGCGGCGGAAGCUCCGGCGGCCGAUUGUGGCUCAUCACGGGGCCCAACAUGGCAGGUAAGAGCACGUUCCUGCGGCAGAACGCGCUCAUCACAAUCCUCGCGCAGGUCGGGUGCUACGUGCCCGCCGACUACGCCGAGUUGGGCGUCGUCGACGCCAUCUUCAGCCGCGUCGGGUCCGCCGACAACCUGUACCGCGACCAGAGCACCUUCAUGGUCGAGAUGAUGGAGACGGCGCAGAUCCUACGCGGGGCCACGCCGCGGUCCUUUGUCAUCAUGGACGAGAUCGGCAGGGGCACGACGCCCGAGGACGGUACGGCCGUGGCAUACGCGUGUCUGCACCACCUGGUCACGGUCAACAAGUGCCGGGCGCUGUUCGCGACGCACUUCCACAAGGUGGCGGACCUUGCUGUCGCGGAGGGACUCGCUGACGACGGGAAAGGGGGAGUGGAGAUGUAUUGCACGGACGUGGACGAAGACGGCGAAGGAGGGUUCGUCUACGUUCACAAGCUACGGAAGGGUGUUAACCGGCAGAGUCAUGCGCUGAAGGUCGCGAGAUUGGCCAACCUGCCAGGGGAGGCAAUAAGUGUUGCGCAAAAGGUUCUUGGUAUUCAUCAGAGGCUCUAG